AUAAAUACCGUUACAAUGCUAAAAAUAAUAUUAUGGAAGACUUAAAACACACGUUCAGUAUUCAGUUGCCAAUUAGCCUAUAUCAAAAAAUAGUAAACGAAGCAGGAAAGGGCAAAGUAAGCACUUUUAUUAGAGAAAUAUUGGAGGAGAAAUUUGUUGAAAAAACAAGUUGUUUAGGAAAUGCCUAUAAAGAAUGCUAUGCUAAUAACCCUCAUUUAUUAGAGGAAGCAAAAUUGUGA